AAUCUUUCACCCAAAUUCUGCAUCCCAAAUCAACAAACCAACACACUCCAAAAGAGUUCAAAUUUAUUUUUAUCCCAAGGUAAACUUCGACGAUCACGAACCGUGAGUAUCAGUGGCAACCAAUCUCAGCCGUCAAUUUAGCUAAACCUUAAACAAAUCUUUUCUCUUUUUCUUUUCAAUAUUAUCCCUUUUUGCUUCUUCAAACUUGGAAUCUCACCCUCUCAAUUCUCCUUCCUCGCCGGUCCACGGCGCCAUUUCACGGUGGCGCUUCAGCCUUCUCCGCCACUUUGUACCAUCAAAAUCAAAUCUUUCUUCAGAAAAUUAAAAAAGAAAUGGCUUCAAUCGCCUCUUUCUCUUUCUCACCACCGGCUAUACCCAAACAGACGCUUUCCGAUUCUCAUCUUCCCGCGAAAUCGCGGUGCUUUAAUUGUCAGUUGCGCUCUUCUCGUUCUUCCUUCUCUCCAACCGAUUCUUCAUCGCAUCUUAGUAAAUUUCUAGACUUUAGACUGCGGCGGAGAAGCGUCGGCGAAGUAGCGUGCUCAACGACGCCGUUUAUGGGGAGAGUGGGUUUGCAGUGGAGAGAUGGGAACAUGUCUCUGUUAUCUUUCCGUGGAGGAACCGAUUCUCCGGAGAAGACCGAUUCUUCUCAGGUUUUGUCCGCUUUGCUUCCGUUCGUCGUCGCUCUCACCGCCGUUGCUGCCCUCUCCUAUCCAUCGACUUUCACCUGGGUAUCUAAAGAACUGUAUGCACCUGCUCUUGGAGGGAUAAUGUUAUCAAUCGGAAUCCAGCUUUCGGUUGAAGAUUUCGCUCUUGCAUUCAAAAGACCAGUGCCACUCUCUGUUGGGUUUGUUGCUCAGUACGUUCUGAAACCGCUCCUCGGUGUUUUAAUUGCUAAGGCCUUUGGGAUGCCGAGUACCUUCUACGCUGGUUUUGUACUCACGUGUUGUGUGGCAGGGGCUCAAUUAUCUAGCUACGCGAGUUCUCUGAGCAAAGCAGAUGUUGCCAUGAGCAUUCUUCUCACUAGUUGUACUACUAUUGCCUCUGUACUGUUUACUCCACUGCUAAGCGGUCUUCUUAUCGGAUCUGUUGUUCCCGUUGAUGCAAUUGCCAUGUCCAAGUCCAUACUACAGGUGGUGCUUGUUCCAGUCACUCUUGGCCUUGUGUUGAAUACUUAUGCAAAGCCCGUUGUCACUCUUCUUCGACCUGUGAUGCCGUUUGUUGCUAUGGUAUGCACUUCGUUGUGUAUUGGAAGCCCGCUUUCCAUAAACCGAAGUCAGAUUCUUUCACCAGAAGGGAUUAGAUUGAUUCUUCCGGUUAUUACGUUCCACGCAGUAGCAUUUGUUUUGGGGUAUUGGUUCUCUAAGAUCCCAGGCUUACGGCAAGAAGAAGAAGUUAGCCGGACGAUCUCCCUUUGUACGGGAAUGCAAAGCUCCACAUUAGCCGGUCUUCUUGCAAGCCAGUUCCUUGGUAGUUGCCAAGCCGUACCAGCAGCUUGCUCUGUGGUAGUAAUGGCCAUAAUGGGUCUAUGCCUUGCUUCUUUCUGGGGCAAUGGGUUUCGUAUCAGGGACGUUCUGACCCUACUAACACCGCAAAGCAGUGGAAAUACCGCUGAAUCAUGAGCAAUAUCAUCAACAGAGCCACAAGCCUGUAGAGCAAGGGAACCACACAUUGAGACAUUCAUCGCAGAUACUUUCCCGGUUUUGAAUUGAUGUACAAACUGUAUUUGGGAAGUAAAGAUUAAAGGUUUAGAGGGGAUGGUAUAGGUAGCCUAGACGUGUUCACAUUACAUGUAUGUGUUCAUCAGUCAUCAUGUAUGUAGUCUUACUAAUUCAUGAUAUAAAAAAAAGUCAGCUCUUAUAUCAAUACACAAAA